AUGGAUGAAGAUCAAGUGGAAGGUUUGACCUUUGUUGGAUUAUUUUGUUUGAUCGUCGGAGCUGUGAUUAGCUUGAUUGGAUCUAUGGCUGGAGUGUUAAGUUGUUGUUUGUUGUGGAAGAAGGAACAAGUUAUGAAAUGGAUGAACCGAACUAACAGAGCAUUUGUGAAUAUUUCCUUGUUGAUUGCAGCACUUUGGCUUGCCUCGACUAUUAUUUCUAUAAUUCCAUUUGGAGCGCUCUAUCUCAUUAUGAAUUGUACAGUUUCUAUUGCUGACUCUAAAACUGUAAAUGUGUUGCCAAUUUUGGGCAUUUUGUUGGGUGGUGUGUUUGUGGUAUUCUCAAUUCUAUUGACAAGAAGAAUAUGGACCAAUAAGGCUCAUUUUGGCGAUUAUGGAUUUACCUUUCAUUAG